ACGGCCACCGCCUUCAAUGCCUUCUGCACAAUCCCCAGUCCAGUAGUAUGUACUUCCAUCGUCAGUUCAUGGCUAUAAAUGGUAAGGCAAGUUGACGAAGGUAUCUCGAAUCUCGAUGCGACUACUUACAGUGAUGCACUGCCACCCCGGUGGUCUGAUCAAACUGAUGACUUGAUGGAUUCUUAUUGAUAGAACUACGAUCGUAUCAGGAAGGAGGAGGCUGGAGGAGGAUACUUAUCUCACUAAGAGUCUCUCACUGAGUCUCAGUCCUUGAACAGCUCGUCUGCAAUCUCGUCUGAAUCGACAGCGCACUUGGGAAGCUGCAGAGCUGUGAAGCGACGACCAUGAACUUCGAACUGCCACCAACCUGGUACCGGACGCGCUUCCUCAUCGGCGUAGCAGAGACGCUGCUGCCGCCGUUCGUCUUGACCUAUGUCCUUCUCACAGCCGUAUUCGGCAGUUCUGGCGCAGGCCUUGUAGCCACCCUUGCUUACAUCUCAUCCAUUCCAGUCUGGAUAACCGUGACUUCUUGGUACUCGGUUUGGAAGAGUGACAGACGUGCUAGGCAACUCGGAGCGACACCAAUUCCCCGGGCGAAGGGCAAAUGGCCGGGAAACCUCGACAUCAUGAUGCGAUUUGCCAAAGACCUGCGAGAAGGAUAUAUCUUGCAGGCCAUGGGCGAAGUGCUCGAUGAGCAUGGCGUCGACACGCUCAAUACGCGCAUCCUUUGGAAGGACAACAUCAUAACCCGCGACGACCUACACAUGCGUGCCGUGCACCAGAUACAGUUCGAAUCGUUCGAGCGUGGGGCGGAGGCCGCCGAGAAGAUGGGAACAUUCCUCGGUCGAGGUGUCUUCGUAACCGAUCGGACAGAAUGGAGAAGAGAACGCGCCCUCAUCCGACCCUUCCUCAACAAGGAGCGUAUCUCCGACUUCGACAUCUUCCAGGAACACUCCGACCGCGCACUCUCCAUCCUUUCUUCCUCUGUGUCAACCCAUGAGCCCAUCGAUCUCCAGGAUCUCUUCGCCCGCUUUACCCUCGACGCUGCGUCUUCAUUCCUCCUGGGCACCUCCCCCGAUGCACUCGGCGGCCCCCGUCCGAUUCCGUACAAGGCCAUGAUAGGCUCCAAGGGCGCAGCGACGGAGGGCCAGCUCGGCACAUUCUUGUACGCAUUUGAGGAGAUCCAGGUGACCAUCUCACUUCGGUGGCGGCUGAACACGUUCUUCCCGCUGUAUGAAAUCAAGGGCGACCAUACAAUGCCGCAUGUGGACGUCAUCAUGAAGUGGGUCAAACCUACUGUUGAGCAAGCACUGGAGAGGAAGAAGCGGGAGAGGGAGCAGGGGAUCGAACGUCAGAGGGCUGAGCGCACCAUGUUGGAGAAUCUAGUCGAGAUCACUCAAGACGAGGAAAGAGUCCGAUUUGGCCUGCUCAACGUGUUGAUGGCAGGCCGUGACACGACUGCCGGCCUUCUGACAUACGUGGUCUACCUACUCACGGUAUACCCCGCAGUUGCGAAGCGUCUCCGCGAAGAGAUUUUCGACAUCUGCGGGGCCAACGGCAGCCCAACGCACGAUCUCAUUCGCAAGAUGCCCUACAUGAACGCCGUCCUGAACGAGACCCUCCGCCUCUUCCCUCCCGCACCCAUGGGGAUCCGAAACUCCAUGCAUCAGGUCCUCCUCCCGGCCGCAGACGGCGAGCCCCCUCUCUACCUCCCCGGCAAGGCACGCGUCACCUGGCUGACGCUUCCCCUCCACCGGCGAAAGGACCUCUGGGGCGAGGACGCAGACGAGUUCGACCCCGACCGGUGGCUCGACCCCAAGCGGCUCGCGCGCGUCGAGGAGCGACCAUCUAUGUUCGUGCCCUUCCUCUCUGGCCCGCGAUCGUGCCCCGGCCAGAACUUCGCGCUGAACGAGGCGUCCUUCAUGCUCGUCCGCCUCCUCCAGCGCUUCUCGGGCUUCGAGCUCGUCCCCGAGGCGAUCCCCGUGGGCGCGCGUCCCCCGCCGCAGUGGAAGGAGGGCAAAGGCCGCCAGCGGAUCGAGCAGGUCUGGCCGAGCACUGCGUUCACUGCAUUCGUGAAGGGUGGGCUGUGGGUACGCCCCAUACCGUAGACUAUGGGUUGGGUCUAGUGAUAGCCUUUCUCGACUUGCCACGGAUUGGGGUCGGAUCGAAUGGAGGGGAUAUAGCGAAGUGAGGGGGUACAUUUAAUGGAUAUCAUAAUUU